UUGGCCCGUAUCACGCGGCUAAGCCUCGUCAACUACCGCAAUUUCCGCGAAGUCGACAUCGCGCCGCCGGCGGGGGUGUCGGUGUUUCACGGCGGCAACGCUCAGGGGAAGACCUCCCUGCUUGAGGCGGCUUACACGCUGGCCGUGGGCCGGUCCUUCCGCACUGAACGCGAGCGGCAGGUGCUCAACUUCGACGCCGCGCGGGACGGCGGGGCAGCCUACAUCACGGGAACGGCAUGUGUCGACGGCAAAUCGCUCACCGUGGUGAUCGGCUACCAACCGACGGGCGCGAGAGUCCGGUGCGAGUGGAGGUAG